GAUGACCUCACUCGCCAGGAAGAGCCACGAAUCAAUUCCGCCGACAUCGCUUUUUUUCUCUUCACUCCGUUUCCUGGUAGAGCCACCACACAACACCCAUCAUAGGCAUCUCGCGUCCUCUUUAUUUCUUCUGUAAUCAAAUUCUUCUCUGUUUAAUCCAUCAAUCAAUCAACAAACACCUCCUGCCGAGCCUGGCCCUCGGAGAUCCCGCCCUCUUCCGAAACAGCGACCGACAGACAGGCCCCAACCCCCUCACACCCUCACACCAUACAGAAUGGCCGGCCAAGACACUCCACGCGGCAGUGUCACGCGGCUCCACGGCCUGGACGCCUACGUCACGGAGCCGGCCGACGGCAGACCCAUCAGGGGCGUCGUCGUCAUCGUGUCGGACGCCUACGGCUGGGAGUUUCCCAACAGCCGCCUACUCGCCGACCGCUACGCCGACAAGGGCGGCUACCGCGUCCUGCUGCCCGACUUUUUCGACGGUCAUGCCUGUCCCACAUGGAUGGUCGAGUCGCUGCGCGUCAUGAUGGGGUCGGGCAACAUCUUGUCCAGGGCGUACGCCGCGCUCUGGGUCGCCUACGCCUUCAUCCCCUUCGUCGUGUCCCAGCAGCUGCUCGGCGACGCCUACUCGACCGUGGCCACCUUCUUCUCGGCCGUGCGCGCCGGGCCCGAGGCCAGCCGCGGCCUGCCCGUCUUCGCCGCCGGCUUCUCGUGGGGCGCCCGCCAGGCCGUCCUGCUGGCCGGCGGCUCCGAAGGCCCCGGCGGCCGGCCCCUGGUCGACGCCGUCUUCGCGGGCCACCCGGCCUCCAACCUCGACGUGCCCGCCGACGUCGAGCGCGCCGCCGCGCCCGUGUCCUUCGCCGUCGGCGACCACGACCACGCCGUGUCCGGGGACGUGCUCGCGCGCCUCGAGGCCGCCGCCAAGGCCAUGGGCGGCGAGCUGCGCGUCUAUGGGGGCGUGGGCAACGGCUUCUGCGUCGGCGCCGACCUGGCGGCCAGGGACGCGGGGGAGGCGGCAGAGGACGCUCAGGAGCAGGCGAUUGCGUGGUUCGACGCGCACGCCAAGUAGGGGAGUUGGUGACUGGAGCUUCGCCUGGCCUGAUUUGUGGUGAUUGUGACGGGGGACAGGGGCGUGAGGUUGGAGGGUGUGACUGCGGCGGGCUUCACUAAUGGAGAUGCUUGCUCUUUUCUUUUGUCCGACAUUUGCCUGUCAUGCUUGUAUUAUUGGGGCUCUGAUUUAGUAAUAUUUCUAGCGUGGGCGGGAGGUGAAGCCAUUAACGGCGGUAGGGUAAACAAAACAUUCCAUGCUGCAGCGAAACACAAGUACUAGCCGA